AUGGCAGCCUUCGUCCAUUCUUACCCUCAGAUGGCGGGAGAUUUUGCGUUUGGCCAAUACUUCGACGGGAUCGCCUCAACACCAGCGGCAGGAUGCCUGAUGACCCCUCCACCUUAUCACAUCAGCAUAUCUUCCCCCACAUCUCAAAGCCACAUGGCCUAUCAACAAGCGAUGAACCAAGUCACCGAGGGCUCGUUCUUUGACGAAGCAAUCGGCACAUCCCCGAUCUCAACAGAGAUCGGUCUCGUGUUUCCCAAACCUACACCUCAAUAUGUCAUGGCAGCCAAGAUCCCUGAGGAGUAUGAACCCUCCCAGACAGCAUUGCCGACCGUAGAACGAGAAAAGAAACCGCCCCGCCGACCCCGAAACCGACGGAAAUCGCAAGAAAGUUCAAGUCUGUCAGAAACCGGUGCUUCCGUACUCGUUUCGGAUGUACUGAAACCAAGCAAACAAGGCCGGAAACCCAAAGUCGAACCUAAAGAGCCCGUAAAGGCAUGUUGGAGGCAAAAGGGGAAGAGCAAUGAUGACGAGGAUCUUCCUAGGGACCUCCGGCGACGGCGCAACCUCGAAUGCAAUAGAAUCGCUGCUACUAAGUGUCGUCUACGCAAACGGGAUGAAGCGUCAGCACUUGCCUCCCGUGAGCAGACCAUGGAGGAUCAGAACCAAUACCUCUCAACCUGUUUCGACCAGUUGACUGCCGAGAUCUACCACUUAAAGACCCAGCUCUUGCAGCAUACUGACUGUAACUGCGUUCUCAUCCAGAAAUACAUCGCAAACGAAGCGAGAAAGUCUGUCAAUAGCCUCUUAUCUCUCUCUUCGGCCUUUCAACUCCCUAACGGACUCACACCACACCAUGGGUGCUCGAGCGGCAGAAGAACAAGUGGAACAGAUUCCUUGAGCAUCCAAACGCCUGAGAUGGAAAGUGCCCCGCCGACAUGGACCGACCCAUUUCGGCCAGACUCAAGGUCGUCGGAGGUCGGGGACGAUUUGUUUGAUAUGGUAUUAGAGCCGUUCCAAAAAGAACCACUCCCGGCGCCAAGCCAAUCUAUUUCAAAUGUGCCCUCCCUGUCCAGAUGCGACCAGGGAGUUUUUGGUAGCUCAGGGCCACAGGCCCAGCCGGUGGUUGGAAUGGUUUGGGAAUCGCAAUGGGGGUUUCACUGA